UUUUGCAUCUCGACUUCAGACAAACUACAAAAAAGGCAAAAAGAGAAAACAUACAACAGCCGGUGUUCGCCAGUGGUCACCCACCUGACUACUAAUCUGCCUCUCAUUGGCUUGACUCUGGGAGAGCGGACGGGAUCCCGUAUAUUCCAAUGGAUAUGGUCGUAUGUGACGAUAUUGGCUGCUAGAAGCACUUAUAUA